CGAGACUUCCUCGGGAUCCAAUAUGUCUGCGCCCAUGAAACGUUUUUUUUAAUUUUUAGACGUUUUCUUACAUUUUCAUGCUGAUAUGAAAUAACAUUUCCCAGUAUAUUGUGGAAGUUGUUUAUAAUAGUUUUCUCAAUCUUUUCAUCGAAUUAACCAUGGCAUUGAACAAGUUCAUGCAUCCAAGGAACAAGUACAAAAACAAGAAGGCAAAUUUCCAGUACCUUGCCAUCAAAUAUCCCGAAUUUAGGAAACAUGUUUAUCCAGAUGUAAGUGGGAAGCUUUUUCUUGACUUCAGAAAUCCUGAUUCUUUAAGGCAGCUUUCCACCACACUAAUGAAAGAAGACUUUGGAUUGGAUGUUGUGUUGCCUCCUGAUAGACUGGUACCCACCAUUCCUUUGAGGCUUAAUUAUAUCUUAUGGAUAGAAGAUAUUUUGAAAGAUUCCAGUGUGGAGGGAGACAUUUCAGGAAUAGAUGUUGGAACAGGAGGAAGUUGUGUAUAUCCCCUUCUCUCUGCUAGGAUGAAUAAAUGGAGAUUUCUUGCUACUGAACUUGAUGAUACUAAUUUCACAUGUGCUGUGAAAAAUGUGGAAAGAAACCAGAUGACUAAUUUAAUACAAGUUCAAAAGGUUGAAAAAAGUGCUGUCCUUCUAGAUGUUUUAAAGGUCAGUGCUGCCACCUAUACCUUCUGCAUGUGUAACCCACCAUUCUUUAUGGACAAUCUGGAGGCACAGGGUAUCACAAAUACCCGAUCAGAUGACCGACCAGAACCCCAUUCUGUGUGUACAGCAAGCCCAACAGAAAGUGUGGCAUUUGGAGGAGAAGUGGAGUUCGUUAAGAAGAUGAUUCAUGAAUCCUUGGAGCUUAAAACAAAAGUCAGAGUAUAUACCAGUAUGGUUGGUAAGAAAACAAGUUUGUCUCCCCUGAAAGAAGAACUCAGAAAGUUAAAGAUUUUAAAUUUCUCUACAACAGAAUUUUGUCAGGGAAAGACAAUGAGAUGGGGACUCGGCUGGUCAUUUGAUGAAACUAUUAAAUUUCCUAAAUCUGAAUUUAAAGAAAAAAGAAAAGAAAGGCGACCACCAUUAUCUUAUGUUGUUCCAGAGGAUACACCUGGCAUCAUGUAUACAACAGAGGGUGUGGCAUACCAGAUCAAAGAGUAUCUUAAACAGUUACAGAUUAAAUGUGAAGAUAAGAAAUCCAAUGAAGCAAAGAUAUCCAUGGUUUUAACUGCAUACCAAAACACAUGGUCAAAUCAAAGAAAAAAGCGCAGGCAUCCUAAGGAUAAACAAUUGCAAGAACAUUCAUCAGACACCAAAUAUAUGAACACAAACAAUUCUAACGAUACUACACAAUAUGCUGCUUCUCUGAUUGCUGGAGAAACAUUUCCUGUUGAGAAAAAUCAAGCAAAUUUAACAGAAAUUGCUCAUAAAGGUGUCAUAAGUGUUGCUGGAGAAACAUCUCCUGUAGAGAAAAAUCAAGCAAAUCUAACAGAAAUAGCUCAAAAAUUUGACAUAAGUGUUGCUGGCAAUACACCAGUAAAGAGAAAACGGAAAGGUUCAGGUAGUUCAGAUAGUUUGGAAGCAAAGAUACAAAAAACUGAAGGUAAUUCACAGAUUUCUGAAAUUAGGGAAAUGAUACAAAACGCUGAUGGAAGUAUGGAUAACAUUGAUACCAGUAUGAAUGGAAACAAAGUAAAAUCUGAAUCUAUUGAUCUAGAAGCCAGUAGUUCAUCUGGUGUAAAUAUUAAGAGGUGUGAAACUACUGCAGAGAAUUUAUUACCAACUUCAUCUGUCUCAAACAAUCAAAGUGAAAAUUCUACACUUUUGAAGUGCAAUCUGUAUGUCAAACAAAUUGAAGAUGAAAUGAUUUCUAUUGAAAUGUCAUGGAUAGAUGGAACUUGUCGGGAAUCCAUGAACCAAGUACUGCAAUACUUUAAAAACAAAUUAAAAGUUUCUACUUGAAA